ACAGAAACACUAAAACGUGCUGCUUAGGGGUUGUUAGAGCUUACCGUUGAAAUAAUAAUUGUCGAUGCCAACGAAAUAAGUGUAAAGACUAAAAAAAGUAUAUAAAAAUUGAAGCCAGCAAGUAUAAUUGUAUGUAUAUUAAAAACACAGAUCUAAAUACCGAAAAACAGAAUAUUAUUUGAAAGUCCAUUAAAAGGAUAAAAAAUCGAUGCCGAUACAAAGUUGUUCUCAAUAAAAAUCUUGCGCCAAUACGUGCUCUCGCGUGUGCUUAAUAUCUAACUUAAUUAUAUACUUAACAUUUAUUAUAACUACAUAGGUAUAUGGAAUUCUACUCUAAAUAAUGCAUAUCUGUGAAAGACAAAUGAAUUAAAGCAACAUGUCGCGUGGCAAACAUGCCACAUUCUUGAAUAAUUCGCCAAUUAAAAUCAAACCAUUCAUUAUUUUAGUCUUGAAUUUAAAUAUAUGGUGUCAAUACAUUAGUGCAACUUCAUAUUUAAGCCUGAACGAAUGAAAACAUAUAAUGCAUUCCUGAAUACGAAGACAAAAAUUAUACAUGUAUACCUAACCAAUUUGGAGCGACCUUUCUUUGAUGAUAUUAGCCCAAGAAAUGUGUCGGCCGUAGUCGACGAAAUCGCAAUAUUAAGAUGUCGGGUUAAAAAUAAAGGAAAUCGCACGGUAUCAUGGAUGCGUAAGCGGGAUCUUCACAUUCUUACAACGAACAUUUAUACUUACACCGGCGAUCAACGAUUUUCUGUAAUACAUCCACCAGGCAGUGAAGAUUGGGACUUAAAAAUUGAUUAUGCACAGCCAAGAGACAGUGGCGUAUAUGAGUGUCAAGUGAAUACCGAGCCUAAAAUAAAUUUAGCAAUUUGUUUGCAAGUAAUAGCUGACAACGACUUUCAAGACCUUAAAACUAAGAAGCGGUUUUACGACACAAAGUCGGCUCGAGCAAAAAUUCUUGGAUCUACGGAAAUUCAUGUAAAACGGGAUAGCACUAUUGCCCUGGCUUGCUCUGUUAAUAUACAUGCACCAUCUGUGAUUUGGUAUCAUGGCUCAUCAGUUGUUGACUUCGAUUCACUUCGCGGUGGAAUAAGUUUAGAAACGGAAAAAACUGAUGUAGGAACAACGAGUCGAUUGAUGCUAACGCGAGCUUCAUUAAGGGAUUCUGGAAACUAUACAUGCGUUCCAAAUGGAGCCAUUCCAGCUUCUGUUAGGGUUCACGUAUUAACUGGUGAGCAGCCUGCAGCAAUGCAAACAAGUUCUGCCAUUCGGAUUAGGGCUUUCACUGCAAUGAUAACUAUCAUAUCAACAAAAGUGUUGUUAUAUAUUUCAAGUCUUAUGGAGCAUAUGUAUCUAAGAGAAAGAUGACUACCAAUAUAAUUUCCAUUAUAAUAUAUAAAUAACAUUAAGAUGACCGCGUGUUUACGGAGAAACCAUUGUAAAAUCGCGCUCUGUUUAUGCAAAUACGAACACUACAUGUAAUUCCUAUAGUACUAUGAAAUAAAAACCUAUAAU